AGUUUCCAUUGAAACCACACGAUGAAACGAACCGUCGCGGCAUGGGUGGCGGUUGCCGCCGCCGCCGUGCGCGAUACGGACGUGUACUCGGUGCUGUACCAAACCGAAGCUGGAAAUGUAACUUUGGAGGUCCACCCCGAGUGGGCUCCUCGUGGUGCCGCUCGUUUCUCGCAGUUGGUUGACGAUGGGUUCUUCACGAACGCUGCGUUCUUUCGCUACGUUCCCAACUUCGUCGUCCAGUGGGGGCUUGCCAGCGACCCCGCACGCAACACAUACGCCCCGAUUCCGGACGACACGGCGGUCCCAACCAUCUCCAACACCGUCGGCACCGUCUCCUUUGCCACGUCGGGCCAGGACACCCGCACGACCCAGCUGUUUGUCAACUUCCGAAACAACUCUCGCCUCGACAGCCUUGGCUUUACCCCGUUCGCCGUCGUCACGUCGGGCUUGGACAUCCUCGUGGACCACGUGUAUGCUGCGUAUCGCGAACGGCCACAACAGUCCAAGAUCAAAGCUUAUGGAGACACGUACCUCCGCCGCGAGUUUCCUCUGCUCACGCACAUUAAAACGGUGUCUGUAGUGUCGCCGCCGACUGGCGUAGCCAACGAAUGAACUCGCCACGGUUUCAGCUACCCCUUGUUGAGGUUCACAUACACUAAUAAUAAUGCACUUUGCCCUAACUUUACUACUAACAUUAGUAAGC